AUGGCUCCAGGACGACCAUCCUCCGCCCGACGCACCGCCGUUGCGUCGUCCUCGAUCUCGGCACGCAUGCGAAUUACCAAGUCCGGAAGCGGAUCUGAUUCUUCGAAAGACAAAGUGCGAUCUAGCCCCAGGUCGACUAAGCGAGUCCGACCGAAAUAUCGCGAGAGCUCCGGGUCCGAAUUAUCAUCAGAGGAGGACGAAGAGGAAGUUGAAGAGGUCACCGACGAUGGAGAUGAUGAAGAAGAGGCUACCGAGGGAUACAAGUCAGCGCGUCCAUCCAAGACCGGCAAUCGCAGAAGCUUGCGAACCGCGGAAGCAUCCCGCCGCUCCAGCACCAACGCGAGGGCGAGUCGCGCGGCAGCCAGGGACAAGAGGGCAACUGGUAUCGAUCUCAAGAAAGUUGCCACUGGCCGUGUUUCCGGAAAGUCUGGCAGAAAGCGAGGUCGGCCGCCGAUCUCCAUAAGGAGGGCUCCAGAAGACGACGUCUCUGAUGAAGACGAAGAUGGUGAGGAAGGCGACGAGGACGAAGAUGACAGCGAAGACAGCAAAGACGAUCUUACUACCAAAAAGUCCCCUAGCAAAUCUCCAGUCGUCAAGCGGCGUCGCGGACGUCCCCCGAAGAAAGCCGGUCGUGGCGCGAGGAAGAUUUCGACUGCGCCGGACACGCCGAAGCCAGAAGUCAGCAGCAUCAUACCGAACUGGCUGGAUCCUCGCAUGCAGCACGCCAUUUGGGUACAGGUCUUUCGGUUCGCCGCACUUGGCGGCGAUGAGGACGAAGAGGGUCAGGAUGUCAACUGGCUGCUCCAGACCGCUCGAGUAUGCAGAGAUUUCGCCGAUCCGGCCCUUACAGUUCUCUAUCGAUGCCCGCCGGUCACUACCGAAACGAAAGCAUAUGGCCUUGCUGAGCUUCUCGAGAAGCCACCUUCAAUGACUGCGGUGAACUACAGGGCGAAAAUCAUGUCGCUUCACAUCGACGUUAGACUGGUCUCUCUUCAAAACCACACACCCGCCAUCAAGUUGAUGCAGAAUCUCCCUCGUCUGUCGGAAGUUCUCCUCUCGCAUGGAUACGAUCAAGCACCCUAUCGAUUAUUGGUGAAGCCGAUCAAAUGGACCUACCCUCCCGAUUUGUGGCAAGCCCUUCAGCCUUCGCCCAAUGCGAAUGCCGAGGUCGGCGACAAAACAAGCAUCACCCGCCUUCAAAGCUGGCAGUGGAGCUCGAGGCUAAUGGACAAGGAUUGGGAGGGCAGUCUUGCGAAUAUGAAGGCAAAGCAUCAACUGCCGAGCUUCGCUACGCUCCGAAAACUAAGGCUGGUCAACUACCAGCUCCCAUCGGUCAGACUCGAGAAGGACGAUCCCGAAACACUUGCUGAAGAUGAGAAAUCUGUGAAGGCAAUCGCAGACGCACUUUCCGCACUGAACAAUCUAGAGCAGUUGGUCUUCGAGUCGUCGACAAUCAUCUGCACCGCGCUAUUCCCUCUUCUGACAACGAAGCUGAAGCGUCUUGAACUGGUCAAUUGCAACGAAGUCACUGCCGACAACCUCGGAUCCUUCUUGAUAUCCAAUGGCCAACAGCUAGAAGCUCUUGUGCUCAAUCACAACCGCUCAUUGAGCUUGGCUUUUCUAGCGAUCCUUGGCACUGCUUGCCCGCAUCUUAAGGAGCUGCGUGCAAACUUCAGAUACUUCAGUCUUUUAGAGACAGUUGACGAUAACGAGCCUCAGUACGAUCAUCUCUUGCUUCCCGACCAAGUGCCUAAUUGGCCUUCGGCACUCGAGACUCUCCACUUGGAGAACCUUCGAAAAUGGGAUAUGGAGACCGCAGAGAUGUUCCUUCAGUCUUUCAUCGACAGUGCUCCGAUUUUGCCCAUGCUCCGAUACUUGUCCGUCAAAGCGAUGUUGGAUAUUCCGUGGCGACAACGAAGUACUUUCCGCAAGUCGUGGCAGGAGAAGCUCGAUACAGUUUUCCUCCGACAAGUCGAUGACCCGGAGCAGAACUUCACCCUGCGCGAAAAGCCUGAUUCCGCGGAAGCGGCAACUACCAAACGAAAGCGUAGGAAGGCUCCAGGCGAACCGACGCGCCGCAGCAACCGCGUAGUUUCGCACGGAUCUGGCCGGUCGUCGCGCGCAAGCAGCACGUCGAAGGGACUCCGUGACCAGAUGCGCAAACCGAAGACAUACCGCGAGCCCGACAGCGACGAAUUUGACUCCGAGGAGGAAGACGACGUCAACAUAGAUCAGACGGCGGACGACUCAGAGGAUGAUACUCCUCACAAGGAUUCCAAGGAAGCCGAUGAUGCGUCUACUUCAGACGGCGCAUUCAUCCAGGGUCUUUGCACGGUUGUCGACAUCAACAUCGACAACCAAAAGUUGAGAGAACAUCAGUACAGCAUGGACGACUUCCUUAACGUGGAGGGCGACUUCGAGAGUGAUGACGAGUGGAACGGCGACGUGGACUUGGAUUAG